AUGAAGCACUAUGCGCUCUUGCCAGACAUUCGUGGCUGCAACGAAGUGCGGUGGGGCGGCCUUCGAGCGCUCGAGCGGCAUUGCCCCUCGCUUCUCUCACUCCACUACGACUACGUCGUCUACCCACCCACGGGCUCUUCAGAUCGGAGUAAACUGGACUUCACGCAACUUCGAGAGCUGGGCAUCUAUUGGGACACGGACUACAAGGACAUGAUCUACGCGCUCAUCCACGCCAAUCGGGGCUUGCGCAGCCUGGCAUGUCAAGCCCACAGACAGGAUGGUACAGUGUUUGACGUCGAUCACCUCUCUGCCUGUGGCAAUCUCCUCCGGGGGUGCCCCAAUCUGUUCUCGCUGUCGGUGACCGCCUACCCGUUCGACAUGGACUUCUUCGAGGAGCUGAAGCAUCACACAAGCCUCAACAUCCUCUCCAUCACCUCCUCUCCCAUCAACUUUGCCGAAUUGGAGAGUUCGAGCCUGCGAACGCUCGUACUCGUCAACGCUUAUUUCCAAAAAGAUGUGACGGUCAUGUGCCCCGCGCUCGAAUACGUCCGACUUGAGAGCUGCACCAAUCACGCCCACCUUCGGCUGGAGCUGCCCAGCCUCCAGAAAGCCGAAAUCAUCAAACCGCUGGGGAGUCACAACACGCCGAUGGUCGACGCGAUCCUCGAGUUCGUGGAGGACCUGGCGCGGCGCUGUCCGCUGCUUAAGAUCCUCACGCUGCAGUCGCUGCCCAAGGACUACUACUCGACGCGCGACCUCAAGAUCGUGUCGGCGAGCCUGCUCAAGCUGGAGAUCACCGGCGGCACCUACCCGACGCUGCGCGACAUACUCAACUGCGACUGUCCGCAGCUGAUCGCGCUCAACCUGCGCGAGUCCAACAUCGACAACUUCAACCUCGACGCCAUCCUGCGCAACUGCCCGCGGCUGCACAGCCUCGACGUGACCGAGUGCAAGCAGCUUACGGCCUCGCGCAAGCUCGGCUCGCUCCGCCAGCUGCGGGUGCUCAAGGCCCACAAGACCAACCUCGAGCUCGGCUGCGUGCUCGACGUGCUCAAGCGCUGCGGGCGCCUGCAGACCGUGGAGUACAGCCGCUGCCACAACGUCGUGCCGGUGAGCCGCGAGGAGGCCGAGCUCAAGAAAAUCGAAGAGGACAUCAAAGAAGAGGCGCCAAUUGAGGUGUUCAAUUCGUGUCUGCGAAGGCUGGUGAUCGACAGCAGCUUCGCUGACCUGCAUCUCUACGCGCUCAACCUGGCCUCGCUCCACACGCUCCACUUCUCGCACACCCACAUGCUGCGGGACCACCACAUCGCGCAGCUGGUGGCCCACUCGCCGCGCCUGCGCCACCUCUCCCUCUUCAGCUGCGCCUCGCUUCACCAGCCCCAAUUCGUCUUCCCCGACCUCCUCGUUCUCAACCUCGUCUCCUGUGACUCCAUGACCCGCCCCAAGAUCCAGUGUCCAGCGCUGCAGCUCGUAGACAUAAAAUUCUGCACGGUGGACGGGGCGGUGGUGACGUCGAUGCUGGCCGACUGCCCGCGGCUGAUCACGCUCAACCUGCUCAACCUGGGACAGCUGGUCGGCCCGCUGACCCUGGACCACGGCUCGCUCCAGAAGCUGGCCAUGAGCAGCUGCGAGCGGGUGUCGCGGCUCCGCCUCUCGCUGCCGGCCCUUAAGCAGGUCGAGCUGAUGGCGCUCCCGGCACUCACCGCCGUGCUCUUCCUCCGACCGUCGCCGCAGCUGCUUCGCUUCGGCCUGGUCUUCUGUCAGCGCGUCGACGCCGGGCUUCUGCAGCGCGAGCUGGCGGACAAGGCCGAGAGUGCCUUCGUGCAGCUCAUCGCCACGACCACACACUCGCCUUCAUCCUCUUCGUCUUCGUCGUCUUCUUCGACCUCGAUACUGGACCCGUCGGCCUUUGCUCCGGCGUUUGCCACCUCCGCGGCGUCUUCGUCUUCGUCGUCGGGCGGUGGUCCGCUAUCGACCAUCACCUCCUCGCUGGCCAACCUCUCGUCGUCGUUGGACCACUUCGCCUCCACUCUCUUCCCGCCAUCUUCGUCUUCGGCCUCCUCGCCUUCUUCCUCUCCUUCACCUGGCGAAGGCGGCGAAGAGGAGAAGUGUCUCCUCAUGUGA